CUCUCUCUUUCUCGCCUUGGGGAAGGACCCCCGGAGCCCCUUCACGGCAGGAUGAAGUGGCUCGGCCUGAUCUUAGCCGCCCUGCUGCUGGCCUUGGCCGGCCCCGGGGCCCGUGGCGAGGAGGGGCUGGAUUUCCCCGAGUACGACGGCAUCGACCGCGUCAUCGACGUCAACAUAAAGAACUACAAGGCCGUGCUGAAGAAGUACGAGGUGCUGGCACUGCUCUACCACGAGCCGGUGGGCGACGACAAGGCUUCGCAGAGGCAGUUUGAGAUGGAGGACCUGAUCCUGGAGUUAGUGGCCCAAGUCCUGGAAGACAAAGGGAUCGGGUUUGGCCUGGUGGACGCAGAGAAAGACGCCGCAGUGGCCAAAAAAUUAGGGCUGGCUGAAGAAGACAGCGUGUACGUGUUCAAGGAGGACGAAGUCAUCGAAUACGAUGGGGAAUUUUCAGCAGACACCUUGGUGGAGUUUCUCCUUGACGUCCUGGAAGACCCCAUAGAGUUUAUCGAUGGAGAAAACGAGGUGGAAGCCUUCGAGAAUAUUGAGGACGAGCCCAAACUCAUCGGCUACUUCAAGAACGAGGACUCUGAGCAUUUCAAGGCCUUUAUAGACGCUGCUGAAGAAUUCCACCCUUACAUCCCUUUUUUUGCAACGUUUGACAGCAAGGUGGCGAAGAAGCUCUCUCUGAAGCUGAACGAGAUUGACUACUACGAGCCUUUUAUGGAGAAGCCGGUCACCAUCCCAGACAAACCGAACAGCGAGGAGGAAAUAGUCCAGUUCAUGGAAGAGCACAAGAGGCCAACCCUGAGGAAGCUGCACCCAGACAGCAUGUAUGAAACCUGGGAAGACGACAUGGAUGGCAUCCACAUUGUGGCCUUCGCAGAGGAAGACGAUCCUGACGGUUACGAGUUCCUGGAGAUCCUGAAAGAAGUCGCCCAAGACAACACAGACAACCCGGAGCUCAGCAUCAUCUGGAUCGAUCCCGAGGAAUUCCCACUGCUGAUCCCAUACUGGGAGAAAACCUUCGACAUUGACCUGUCCCGGCCUCAUAUUGGCAUCGUCAACGUGACGGACGCCGACAGUGUCUGGUUGGACAUGGAUGAUGAGGAGGAUCUGCCCUCUGCGGAGGAGCUGGAAGACUGGAUCGAGGACGUGCUGGAAGGAGAGAUAAACACCGAAGACGACGAUGACGACGACGAUGAUGAUGACGACGACGACGAUGAUGACGACGACUAAGGGCUGGCCCCUCCCAAUUUUCGUGCAAGGCGGGCCCGUCUGGGGGGCUCCACCCAGGUCCCAUCUUGUCCUCCGGCACCACACAGCUGACCCAACCGCAGCACCUUUGGCUUGCACGAAAACGCCCCGGCCCUAGCCAGGAAAUAUUUUUAUAUUGAUCUUAUUUACGUCCAAGGCCCUCACUGCAGUCUGACCACGCUCCCUCCACGCACGGGCCCCCCACCUGCCCUUGAUGAGCCGCCCCUCUCCAGAUAUUCUCCAAAGGCUCCUCCGUCUGCCCUCCCGUUCAAUCUGCCGGAUGCCAGGGGAGAAUGCCACCUUUCCUGGGAGGGUGCCAACACCGGCCAAGUGCCUUCCUGGUCCUAGACAGGAGGCGAGCAUCAGCCGAGGCACCGCUAGCCCUAACGGAAGGCUAGAGGAAUUUCCCAUCAUGCACCCCGAGGCUCGGCCCUUGCCAUCCGCUCCUUGCUUCCUGCUUCGAGCUUUGGGGGCUCCUCAACGGCCUUAUCGGCGGAGGUCACCGCGGCGCCCCCGCCUCCCCCAUCCCAUCCAGGCCUUGGGGCGGCAACAUCUCCACUCCAGUCUCCCGUGGCAACAAGGCGCUCCUCUUUUCAGGUAGAUAAGCCCGUAUCACUAGAGGGCAGCAGUUUAGUUUACAAAGACAUUCGGCCGUGUGCAAAGAAGAAAAACAGAAAAAGUGAUUGGCAAGUGAACAUCCCCUUCAAAAUCACGGUUCCCCAAGCGAUUCUUCUCCUUUCACACAGAAGAGACCCAAGGAAGGGGAUUUUGCUGUCCCAGUUCUUUGGUGUCGGGAACCGAUCUUUCGCUGAACUCUUCGAGUCCCAUUUUUUUUUAGGAAGAGAAAUUUUGAGUCAUUUUGUUGAAUUCGUUGAAGAAGCGAAAGAUGCGCCAGCAGUAAAAAAAAACCCAGAUGAAAAUUAACUUCGGAGCUGGAGGGGCGGGGAAGCAAAGAGAUUCGGGCUGUUUUCCUGCUCUCCUUAGUGAAGUGGAGGGGGGAGCCAGCUCAGCAGGCAGUGAGGGGCGUAAUGUACAAUUUGUAUAUUUUUCAACACCUUUGUACAGAUCAAACCAAAGUGAUUAAAAAAAAUGGAACAAUAAAAGGGACUAGUGAGGUAUUUCCCCACC